GACAUAUUACGUUUUGUUUCCUAUCUGUUACGUUGUGUGUGUGUGUUUCUUUUUUUUUCUUUUUGGUAAUUAUGAUGAGGCUACAUCAAGAGGGAGGACGGGCUCAUGACACGGAUGGAUUCAGAUCUUCAGUGUAAAGCCCUGUAUGGGUGUGUAUGUGCGUGCGCAUGUGUUUAUGGGAAUAGUGAAGUUGUGUGCAUUGCACGUCAUGCAGCUUAACUUUUAAAUUUAGAACAUUACAAGAAGGCAAAAGAAUUAUGAAUGAUUUGAGAAAGUUUGUACCAUUACGCGCGUUCUGAAGUGAAACUGUUCCUCCGCGUCAAAAGAAAAAUUGAACAUAUUUCAUUGAAUAUGAUUAAAACCCAUGCACUCUGCCUCUGUAUUUUCCACACACUGUGAGAUAUAAAAGGGAUCCUGGAUGGACCUGGGUGAUAACAGCUGGUCCAUGGUCAAGCGCGAAGUGUCCAGCAGCAGCCCAGGGUCUCCGGCUGAGCAGAGCUACCUGAACACUGACCGGAGGGACCAGCUAAGAUCACCGGCGCCGACGCACCUGGACGCGGUGGGAACCCGUCGCGCCGAGGGCAGGCCCCUACACUCCUACGUCCACUUUGGCCAUCCCAACAACGCCCUGCCCAAUUCUGACGACGUUACACUCUUCACGGAUUUAGACCAGGGCAACAAACUCAUCAUCUCAGGUGGGCACACCAGGGAGACGCAUAAGGGAGGCUUAAUUGUGGACUCUACCGACAUGUAUCAGACCCUGGCCAUCGCCGCGGCCCAGAGUCAGGCCGGUUAUAACGACACGCCAUCGGCCGGUUACAUGCACUCCAACCCUAAUUCUCCCGUUUAUGUGCCGACGUCUCGCGUUGGAACGAUGAUACCGAGUUUAUCGUACCUACAACCCAGCGUGUCAUCGCAGUCGAGCCAUGCGGUCAGCAGUCAUUCGGUCUGGUCACAGUCCGCCCCAGAGAGCCCAUCCUACAGCACUGGAAGCCCACAUACCUCCAACCGUUUCCACUACUCCCCCAGUCCGCCUAUGAAUAACGGCACAUCGAGGGAUACCAGCUAUACUAACCCUCUGAAUGUAAACAGUCGAGACCAAUACCUGUCACGACCAAUAAGUGGAUCUUACACAAGCCCGUAUUCUCCGUAUGCACCGCAGCUAUCACAGUUACCGGCGGCGUGGCCAGCGGGGCCCUUCGAGAACUCCAUGCUGCAUUCCCUGCAGUCCAGAAGCGCACCACUGUCUAUCAGGGGACCAAACGGAGAUUUGCUGGAGGACAUGAUGGAGGGCCGCGAGUGCGUCAACUGCGGCUCCAUUUCCACCCCGCUGUGGAGACGCGACGGCACGGGUCACUUUCUCUGUAACGCCUGCGGUCUGUACAGCAAAAUGAAUGGACUCAGCCGACCAUUAAUUAAACCUCAGAAGCGAAUGUCGUCUUCAAGGCGGAUCGGCCUGUCAUGCGCGAACUGCCAGACGAGCACUACAACACUGUGGCGCAGAAACGCAGACGGAGAGCCCGUGUGCAACGCGUGUGGACUUUACACAAAGUUACACGGGGGGCCUAGGCCCCUUGCCAUGAAAAAAGAAGGUAUUCAGACAAGGAAAAGACAACCAAAAACCUUGAACAAAACAAAGGGAUCAUCUGGAAGUAGUUCUGUCCCAAUGACUCCAACGUCUUCAUCGUCUUCUAAUUCAGAGGAGUGCACAAAGAACAGUCCUUCAUCAACACAGGUGCCUGUAACAUCAGUCAACUCUUCCACGCUGGUGGGCCAAGUUGAUGUUCCAGGCACGACCAGCUCCAUGGUGAAGUACCCCGGCCAGGAGAGCCUGUACACGAAUGUAGGCCUGACGUCCACAGCUGACGUGGCAACCUCCGUGAGAGGGGACACUUGGUGCCCAAUGGCCUUGGCCUAAACCCUGGCAUUAUGGGAUGGGAGCCAUUUGCUGUCCUUCAGCUCUCUUGAACGCCCCUUUGGCGUUGUUCUUCAAAUCUGGCAGGGUGUGGGGUGUCAUCUGUUUUUGGUCUGUGUUAGUGAUCUUGAGCAGAGGCUUGAUCUGUUCCAAAUACUCCAGUUUUGGUUUCACCCGUGGAAUACUGGACAUCCAUGAUGGAGAUAAUCUUUGCUACUCCGCACUAGAGGACGACACUUGAGAGCGUCUGCUUUAACAUGCCUUUGGUACUUUAAGAGCACACCCUGCACCGUGAAUGUUGCUCGGAAGAGUAAGUGGAUCAAAAAUGAUUUCUUGAAAGUAGUAUUGUACAUAUUAAUGCUAACGGAUACUUCGCCCAUCUGGAAAGACGAGGUUGUUGAUUGGAUUCUGGUGAUCUGAAGAGAAAACGUUUGAGCUUUCUGAAACUGGAAUUGAAGAUAAAGUGUCAAGGUGUUCUUUUGAUGAAUGCAAACAUAUUUAUGAAGCUACAGUUGUUCAAAUAAUGCAUAUAUUUGUCAAUAAAGAGAAUGUCAAAUAGAGUAGGACUGAAGCCUUGGCCUUCCUUUGAAAUCUUUUGUUUCAAGCAUGAUGUUGUUGCAGUGGAUGUUGCGCACUAAUAUGCACACAUGUGAAAUAAUAAAAAAAAAGAAAAGAAAAAAAAAAGCAGCUCUUAGAAGACUGAACUGUUUUGUGAUGGUUUAACAGGGUAUCAAAUAUCACGGGAACUAACACGAGACUUGUCGUGUUUUGUUCGAUUACACACGUUCCUAGAGAUCACUAUCAAAUGAAAAUGGUCUAAUCAAAAUUCCUAGUGAAGAAAAUAGUUCUUUUUUAGAAUCCACGUGGAGAAAUUGGAAUGCCGUAAAUCAUCAGCAAAGCAUAAAUAAAAGGACCUCUCUGUUAGAACAAACGGCGCUCAGGAUUUCUUUUCUGAUGCAUUUUUGUUACAAUACAAAACUGCUAAAAAGUUUUGCUGCAAUGAUUUUGGAUGUAAGACUUCCUAACAUGUGACACUGAUGUGUUAAUGUCAGUGCAUAUUGCUGUUUAUUUUUAUUUUUUACUUUCAGUGUGAUACACUUCUGUGGUCACCACUAUAGCUGAUGGAGGGACAAUGUUUAAUCUGGAUCUUGCUUUCACAAAUUGUUGAAUGUUUUUAGAGAGAGCAAUGUGUGCCAGAAUCAAUCAGAUGUGAACGUUUCUUGUGAGUUACCGUCUAAACCACAAACAUAAUGCACAAUGACAGUAAUUAAUGAGCUAUCUGAAGAGUUUAAUUCUCUCAUGAAAGAGUCGGUCUCAAGUGGUUUUGGUGUCCAUGAUUUAUUGCCUCUGAUCUGUUAAACAGUUACCCAACUACAAGUUCCACAUGUAAACAUCUUAGGGCUUUGAAAUGGGGGAUUAAAGGAGCACCAGAAGAGCCUUCUUCAAAUGAUUACUCCUUAAAGCAGCAGAGUAAUUCCAUGACAGUGACAUUUUUGGACAAGCUUUUUGUGUCAUAGAGAUGAUGUGUGAACAACACAAGAAACAUUUUGCUAUCAUUGUGAUUCUCAGCCUUUAUAACCUCUAGAAUUAUUUA